AUGGAUCACUUAGGGGCGCACCACCUCCACCAGAGCCACGCGGAGCCCAUCAGCUUCGGCAUCGACCAGAUCCUCAAUAACCCGGACCAAGGCAGCUGCAUGAUCUCCAACGCGCGGCUGCAGGACGCGGCGGUGGACUACGGCCUGGGAGGAUGCGUGGUGAGCAGCGCUUACAACACCAUGGCCGGCCACUACGGCACGGCCACCGGAGGCGGCGGCGGCGGCGGCGGCGGCGGCGGCUCCUCCUCAGCUGCGGGUUACAACAACGGCGGGGCUUGCAGCAUGGCUUCGCUAGCGGGCUCUUACAACAUGAACCUCGGGGUCGGGGCCAUGAACGGAAAUAACCUCAAUUCGGCCGGGGGCGUGAUCCGGGUCCCGGCGCACCGACCGCUGGCCGGAACUGUCCACCAGCCUCUCUCCACCGCCCUGCCCACCGUGCCCUCCGUGAACAACCUCACGGGGCUGACUUUUCCCUGGAUGGAGAGCAACAGGCGGUACACGAAGGACAGGUUCACAGCCUGUUGCAGAUUCACCUUCAGCAUUCUUAGCUCCCUGGGGGUGGAGGUGCAAGAACCAAGAACUGCCCACAAUCUGAAAUAUCGCUGGACAACAUUGUUGGAUGUUGUAGUACAAAACAAAAGGAAUGAUUUCACUACAGAUGGUACUUUUGUAUUUAAUGAGCUUCCACCCCUGCGGCAAACUGCAGAGGAGCGGGAAGCGGAGAGGCAGCAAGCCAAUCGCAUCCUCAUGCAGCUCCAGCAAGAGGCCUUUCAGAAAACCAUCAACCAGCCCAUCCAAGCAGACCCCAUCUGCGUCCAUAACUCUUCCCUCUUUGCUCUCCAGAACCUCCAGCCAUGGUCAGAUGACUCUUCUAAGAUUACCAGCGUGACUUCUGUAGCUUCUGCCUGUGAGUGAAGCCUGGAUUUUUGCCUAUGCAUGGACUGUUGUGUUACAAAAUGGCUGGCCUUCUUCAACACCAUUGGUGGAAGAUAGAAUUGCCUAUAAAGGGGAUGAACCAGCAACCAGAUGAUGCCGAGGGCGAAUGAAUGCUCUCUUGGUGAACAAAAUGCCCACACAGUGACUUGUUGGAGUACUUUAAUUAAGGCCAUCACUUUCACCUCUUUGUCAUCAUCCUCAUUAUCAUCUUCUUCUCUGAACUUGUAACAGGUUAUGAACAUCCAAGCAGGGUUCUUUUAAGACUCUUUUAGGAAUAAAGUAACCCUGUUGUUGUGUUUCAGAUGUUUCCAAGAUGCAAAAUCAUAAAUAUACUAUACGUACAUGUUUUAGACUGAUAAUUUUAAAGUAAAAUAACUAACUAACUGCAGUCUAACAGAAGAGUUGGAAAUAACAGUUCUUAAAUCUCCAGCUGGAGGCCUUUGAAGAAAACACAUUUAGAUCCUUCCAACAAACAAAAACUUGCCAACUUUUUUAAAAACACAUUUUUCAGAGAUGAAAUUCUUUGGACCUCUCAUCUUUUUGUUUUUUGUUUUAAAUUCAUUUUCUCUCUGCUGAAGGAAUGAAACCAGAAUUAUUGUUGAAUGUAAACAUCACAUUGCAAACCACUGUGUGAGAAAUCUAAGAUCAGUUUCUCUGGCUACCACAGACUCUGCAUCGAUCAACUUAUAUUUUAAUAACUCUGAGGCAUCUGUGGCAUUUUUGCAGCAGUAAUGCAGUUUCACUUGAUGGAUUAUUUUGGUAUUGUUUAUGAUAUUGUUCAAUAUUUUAUUUACUCUUGCUUGAGAAGUCAGCUUUGUAAUGGGAGGGGGCAUCUCUCGCCUUCAAUUUCCUGACCAGCAAUUCCAUAACGUUAUUUUCAUUGCAUUGAGGAAAAGCUUGUGAUUAAUUUAAGUACCUCCUAUAACAAACUCCAAGAAUAUAUAAAGAUAUCUACAAUAUAUAGUUUCCAUUUACUUUUUAAC